AUCCCGGCCUCCCCUCCGGAAAGAGCAAAAAAAAAAAAAAAAAAAAAACACACACACACUCACUCUCUCUCACACACACACACACACGAGAAAAAGUACUUGCAGCCCCUCAGAGCCUGGCGGAUAACACACACCGAAUUAAAACUACUUCUGAGCUGGACUUUUUCCACGUUUCUUCUUCUUCUUCUUGCAGGAAAAAGAGGAGUCCGGUUAAGUUUGCACUCCGGAGGUUGAAUUCAAGCUUCUUCUUUUUUUUUUUUUAAUGCCUCGUGCUCUUGCGCAAAACAUGGGAUUUACGUUUUAGCGCUGCUUUUUUUUUUUAUGCAAAAUGCGCUCCGGUUGGAAACUUUCUCAAUGGAUCUUACCGACGGGUUUCCAGACUGAGAGAGAGUUUAUCCCCCCAAUACAGCGACUCAAACUGGAUUUAUUUCACCUAAACGGGAGCUAAAGUGUCGAGAGCACGGACUUCAGAUGUGUCCCAUGCCAGCCACAGUGGCCCUUCAGUCCCGAGAUGGAUUCCAGAAGUCAGAGCGACAGCGACGGGGGAGGAGGACGCCACGGGUGGUCACUGUCACCGACCGGCUCGCCGGAUACGCCGCAUGACGAAGGGAGACCGCAACCACGGCCUCCGCAGACACACGACGGUGCGCCAGAUCCUGGGUUGACCAACGGGCAGCCGUCCCAUACUCCAGCUGUGCUGUCUCUGGAUCAGAUCAGGAUAACUGGGAGUAGUAAUGAGUACACAGAAGGGCCCACGGUUACCCAGAGGUCUCCGGCGUCUGAGCACAGGCAGCCAAAGAGCGAUGUGGUUAUGUCACCGGCUUCAAGGACCAGUGGGCCGCAGGAGACUCCGGAAGAGAGGCCUAAUAAUCUCCGCAACCUGCAUUCAUUGACUCAGUCUGAAAACACAGAUACUAUCUCUACCAGGGAGGGCGUGCUGCGGUCCUCCAGUGUAGAGGACUCCCAGAGUAGCAUCAGGACCAGCGUGGGGAGCUCUUCUUCAGGCCAGAGGCUCCUCAGCAGCCCGGCAGGCAGCAACCAGAUAAUCAGAACCCAGCCCAAACGCGCAGAGCUCAGUUCAGAGGAGCUGAAACCCCUGAACAAUGAGUCCAGGCCGGUGAUGGCCGUGCCAGGCAGCGGACACCCUAAAAAUCAAGGUAUACACUCCGACAAGUGCGGGGACUGCGGUCGGUGCUGUUGCUCGGAGUGCAGUCGCCCGCGGGCGCUCCCGUCCUGCUGGACGUGCGGCCGGCGGUGCGUGUGCUCGGUGCAGAGCGCGGUGGAGUACGGGACGUGCGUCUGCUGCGUCAAGGGGCUCUUCUACCACUGCUCCAGCGACGACGAGGACACGUGCGCCGACAAGCCCUUCUCGUGCACACAGCCGCACUGCUGCGCCCGCUGGACCACCGUGUCGCUCCUCUCCCUGUUCUUCCCCUGCCUCCUGUGCUACCUCCCAGCGAGAGGAUGUGUCGCCGUGUGCCAGAGCUGCUAUGACCGAGUCGCACGACCCGGCUGUCGGUGCAAGAACCCGUAGACGAGGCGGCCGCGCGUGUUUAAAAUGCAGAAGGAUGGAAAAGACUCCAUGUUGAACGGACUGGCCCUGUAGCGGUGUAGUUGAAAGGUUUGAUUAGAGAGCUAAUGAUGCUGUCGUGCUUGAGUUUUUGUGUAUUCCAUCUAGAUCUUCACGCCUGUCGUAGUUAAACCUUUGCCUUGAAUUGUCAGCUUUUAAGGCGGGUCGACGGUAACCUUCUUGUUUGAGGCACUGGAGGAGCACUCACUCACCCGAGCAUUAGGAGUUUCACUUGAAAGUUAAACCAAAACAAGCGCUCCACAGGUUAAAAUGACGACUCAUUCAACUACUGCUUUGUCCUGAAAGAUAAUGUGUUCACUCAAGUGCCCAGAUAUCAUGUCGUUGCUAUGCGAGUCCAAAUGGAUAGCCCUUUUUUUUUUUUUUUUUAAACAUUUAAUACAACUUAUAUGCUAAGAACAGACUCCUAUUACUAACUGUAUGUAAAGUAGUAAAUGCAAAAGGGUAUGUACAUUAGAAAGAUUAGUUUGACAAAUGUUUUAUUUUUGUACAUAUAAUAAUACUUCAACUGUGAAAAGUUUUCUGCCGUACCAGAGGCACCUUGAUAAAUCCACAUAUCUAUGAAUCAGUCGACUUCAUUCAUACAAUGUUUGUACAUUCACUGGAAUGUAUAUCAAUCAUUUUAUGUCAUUUACAAAGGAAAAGUCUUAUCCCUUCUACUUGUAAAUUGUACAGUGACCUUAUAUGAAAAAUUUAUUUUCUAAUUCCAACAUUGCUUAGUGUAAAGUUAAAAAAAAAUCUAUAUUUAUUUGAAGGUUUAUUAUUUUAUAAUGAAAAAUAUUUAUUUUGAGAAAGCAUUGUUAAUGUGUCACCUCUCGCGGGGGGGGGCUCAUUCUGUAGUGGCUGCAGAUUCUGAGGUGACGUGUAGGAGUGUCAACGCUGGAUGAAUAGUUCACUAUGAAUUAGAAGACAAAUAUAUUAACGUUUGAAAUUAAACAACCUUGAAGUCUGA